GGCCACCGAUCCUCGGUCAACUCUUUGCAAAGGGAUACCAAGAAAUCUCCCGUCAUUCGCAUGUGACACUCAAUGUUAUCCUCACCAGUAGUCAACGCUUUUCUUCCCAAGGCAUUUAUUAGAGAAAGAUAUGGUCACUAGCCACGUCCACAACCCACGCCUCCCAAGCUCAGCGAACAGCUUCGAUCUUCUAGUCGUCGGAGGUGGCCGAACUUGUGCAAGAAUAAGAGCGCGCCCCUUCACUUUCGGACCCUUUUUGCCCGUCUCUCCCUGAAGCGCUGAGAGUUUUCAGCAGUUGCAGCAAGCAAAGCCCCGCGAAGAAAUGCCAGCGCCGGACGCGAGGUCGCCGCUGCCUUUGCUGUUCCGGCGUCGCUCCAGCGGCGAGAUCAAGAACUUGGCAUCGGUUUCUAGCAGUCUGCUGCCGGCUUUCGGUACCGUCGUCGAUGAGAACUAUCUGCAGCUGAAGAAGUACGUGAUUGCUCCUUACGAUCGUAGAUAUCGGUUGUGGCAAACGUUUCUUGUGAUAUUGGUUGUGUACUCAGCAUGGGCAUCUCCCUUCGAGCUGGCUUUCAGGAAGGUGGCAACAGGGUCUCUGAUGUACGUCGAUCUGGUUGUCGACAGCUUUUUCGCCGUCGACAUCAUCCUAACGUUCUUCGUGGCCUACUUGGAUAAAUCGACUUAUCUCCUAGUAGACGACCACACGAAGAUUGCUAUCAGGUAUGUCACAGCGAUUUAUUUCCCUUUGGAUGUGGCCUCAACUCUUCCAUUUCAAGUAAUAUACAGAAUUUUAACCGGAAAAAUGCGCGAUGGCAACAUUUUCGGCUUCCUCAAUUUGCUUCGAUUAUGGCGACUCCGGCGUGUUAGUGAACUCUUCACAAGGCUAGAGAAAGACACUCGCUUUAGCUAUUUCUGGACCAGAUAUUGCAAACUAAUUGGCGUUACCCUAUUUGCAGUUCAUUCAGCUGGUUGUUUCUAUUUCUGGCUAGCCUUCCAUCAUAAAACACCAGAUAACACAUGGAUUGGAAGUCAGGUUCAUGAUUUCAAACACAGGAGUGUCUGGCUGGGCUAUACUUAUUCCAUGUAUUGGUCAAUUGUUACCCUCACCACAGUCGGCUAUGGAGAUUUGCAUGCAGUGAACACAGGAGAGAAAAUAUUCAAUAUGGUCUACAUGUUAUUCAACAUUGGCCUCACCGCAUAUUUGAUUGGUAACAUGACAAACCUUGUCGUCCACAGUGCUGUUCGGACCUUUGCCAUGAGGGAUGCUAUAAAUGAGAUAUUGCGCUACGCAAGCAAGAAUAGACUCCCAGAAGGUUUAAAAGAGCAAAUGUUGGCACACAUGCAACUCAAGUUCAAGACAGCAGAACUACAACAAGAAGAGGUACUGGAGGACCUGCCAAAGGCAAUCAGAUCCGGAAUUUCUCAGCACCUAUUCCAUAGAACUGUAGGAAAUGCCUACCUAUUCAAAGGAGUCUCUGAAGACCUUAUUUCUCAGCUGAUAUCUGAGAUGAAAGCAGAGUAUUUUCCACCCAAGGUUGAGAUCAUCUUGCAAAAUGAAAUUCCAACAGACUUCUACAUAGUAGUAUCUGGAGCAGUGGAUGUUUUGACAUACAAAGGUGGAAUGGAGCAGCCUCUGACAAAAUUAGGCUCAUCUGAAAUGGUGGGAGAGAUUGGGGUAAUUUUUAAUAUCCCUCAACCAUUUACAGUGAGGACAAAAAGGCUCUCUCAAGUCAUCCGGAUUAGCCAUCACCACUUCAAGCAACUGGUGCAGCCACAUAGCAAAGAUGGGAAGAUAAUUAUUACCAACUUUGUUCAGUACCUGAAAGGCCUGAAACCAGAAGUGCUACAAGAAAUAGAAUUUCUGACAGAAUCUCUGGAUGAUCUGAACAUAGAGCAUAUGUUAUCAAAUGAAGAACUCGAGAAUGCUGCCAAUGGUAGUGGAGAUGCAAACGCAAAUGAAGCACCGCCACCCUCCACUACCUUACCAAGCACAUUUCCAGUAAGGGUAAUUAUACACGACCAUCAUCCCAGUGAAAGUACAUUGGAAUGCAACAUGACAGGGAAACUGAUACAUCUACCCGACUCCAUAGAAGACCUUCUCAAAAUAGCAGAGAAAAAGUUCAGCAAGAGAGGAAGCACAGUUCUCAUGGCUGAUGGUGCAAAAGUGGAAGAACUCAAUGCCUUGAGAGAGAAUGAUCAUUUGUAUAUCUUUUAGAUUCAUAUGCAGAUGACCAUGAAAUAGUUUUAGCAUUUCUCUUUUUGUUAAACAAUCCUUACCGAUAGCAAAGGAUGGAAAUAUGGAAUAGUUAUUUAAA